UGCAAAAAAAAACCUCCUCAUCCUCCUAAUGCUUUUAUUCUCUAUCGCCAAGCCAAACAACCAGCAAUAGUUGCUACUAAUAUGAAUAUUUCAAAUAAUGAAGUUUUAAAAAGAGUCGGUGACAUGUGGCAUAAAGAGUCUUUGGAAGUAAAAAUUAAGUUCCAACUUUUGGCUGAUAUUGCCAAAUUAGAGCAUAUGCAAAAAUACCCUGAAUACAAAUACCAACCUCGCCGUCCGCAUGAAAAGAAGAGAAGAACUAAAAGAAAUUGUCAUCUUUCAAUAAAUGAAAUCUCUUCUCGACCAAAUCAAGAACAGAAAACGGGCAUUUGUGAUUUUUCUAAAACAAAGUCAAAAACUAUUCAUGAAAAUCAUUCUCAGCAUGGAGAAAUAAAUUCAGAAAAUAAUAAUGAACUUGUCAAUCAGAAUGUGGACGAAUAUAAUUUCCAGUUAAUAGGCAACAAUCUAAAUUUAUCAAAUGAAAUUUCAGAAAACUCUCAGGAAAUUACAA